UUUCUUUGAAACGGCAAGCGCGCUUUGGAUACAUUUCCUUUGAUCGCCGCUUUUUUUGGAUACAAUGUUGCAAAUCUGAGGUGAAUGUAUCAGGCUCGGAAAAACCCUGACUGCAUCUGUGAUCAUGGCGCUCUCAGGUAGAUCUCUAGACACUUUGCACCUCAUUUUAUUCGUUUUAUGGACUUUAUCGCGCUACUCUUUAUCCAGUCAAGUUCGGCAGGAGUUUGAGGUUCUGGAGGAGCAGCCGGUGGGCACAUAUGUGGGCACCAUCGACACCAAACCCUCUUUCACGUACAGAUUCAGCGAACACCACAAACUUUUUUCCAUCAACGCCACGACGGGCGUCAUCUACACGUCCUCCGUGAUCGACAGAGAAGUUCUGCCUAGUAACAUCAUUAAUGUGGUGGUUCUGUCCAGUCAGCCCACUUACCCCACCGAGGUGCGCAUCGUGGUUUUGGAUAUUAACGACAACGCGCCGGUGUUUCCUGACGCGUCCAUCGUGGUGUCGUUCAAAGAAGACGCGAGCAGCGGGCGUCAGGUGAUUCUGGACACCGCGACGGACGCGGACAUCGGGAGUAACGGAGUGGAUCACACCACCUACCGAAUCGUCAGCGGGAACGAUCAGCGAAAGUUUCGCUUGGAUAUCACCGUCAACCCGAGCGGAGAGGGCGCGUUUCUGCACUUGGUCUCCACUGGAGGGCUGGACAGAGAAUUAACCCCCUUCUAUCAGCUCCUCAUCCAAGUGGAAGACAAAGGAGAGCCCAAAAAGUUUGGGUUUCUGCAGGUAAACGUCACCAUUCAGGAUAUAAACGACAACCCACCUGCUUUUGACCAGGAUCAUUACCAGACCAGUGUGUUCGAGGACACUGCAAUUGGCUCUAGUGUUUUGCAGAUAACAGCCACAGAUCUGGACGAGGGUGCAAAUGCUGAUAUAACAUAUAUUUUAGAUGAAGGAACUCCUUUUCAGAUUGACCCUAAGGCUGGGACUGUUAUUAUAAAGGAGGGGUUGGAUUAUGAGACAAAGAAAGAGUAUUCCCUCACUAUCCAUGCAGUAGACAACGGCGUCCCCUCUCUCUCAGGCAGGUCAGAAGCGACUAUAAAACUGCUUGAUGUGAAUGACAACGACCCCGUUGUUAAAUUUCGAUACUUCCCUACCACAUCCAAAUUCGCUUCGGUGGAUGAGAAUGCACAGGUGGGCACCGUAGUGGCUCUUUUGACCGUUUCCGAUUCAGAUUCAUCCACGGCUAAUGGUAAUAUUUCCGUUUCUAUACUUGGCGGAAACGAACAGAGACACUUUGAAGUUCACAGUUCACCCGUCCCCAACCUGAGUCUAAUCAGAGUAGCCAGUGUACUCGACCGAGAGCGAAUCUCCUCCUACAACCUCACCGUUUCAGUGUCAGAUAACGGCAGACCCGUUGCUCGCUCGUCUUUUGCCAGUCUGGUUAUAUUUGUGAACGAUAUUAACGACCAUCCGCCCAUAUUUCAGGAAGCCGUGUAUAGAGUAGACAUCAGCGAGGACAUUCCUAAAGGCAGCUACAUUAAAGGUGUCUCAGCCACAGAUGGAGACUCCGGGCAGAACGCCAAUCUCCGCUACUCGCUGGUGUCUGGAAACAGUUUGGGCUGGUUUGCCAUCAGUGAGAACAGCGGUUUGGUUACCAGCGCAGCAGAGCUCGAUAGGGAAAUAGCUUCUCAAAUAGUGCUGAAUAUCAGUGCCAAAGACCAAGGCCUGCAGCCGAAAUUCUCCUACACCAAAUUGAUAGUGAAUAUCACCGACGUUAACGACCAGGUCCCCACUUUCACUCAAAGCACGUAUCACAUUUCCUUAGUCGAGCAUUCGCCGGCCGGCUCCGAGCUUGUGGUGCUCUCUGCAACAGAUUCGGAUCUUGGUUCCAAUGGCACGGUCCGAUUCUCAUUUGACUCUGAAACCCCCGUGAGUGUUCAGAAUAAGUUCAGGUUGGAUGCAAUAUCGGGCCGGCUGAGUACAGCCACAGAGUUAGACAGAGAAGAAGAGAGCUCCUAUCUGCUGCACAUCAAAGCUACAGAUGCAGGCACGCCCCCCCUUUACUCCAUCUGCAAAGUCAAUAUCACACUGAAGGACGUUAAUGAUAACAGCCCAGUGUUUUACCCCGUGCAGUAUUUUGCCAAUAUCAAAGAAAACGAGCCCUCGGGCUCAUUUGUGACUAGUGUAACAGCUUCCGACCCUGACCUUGGCCGCAACGGCACUGUAAAAUAUGCCAUCACUGCUGGUGACUCUUACAAGUUUCACAUCAAUAGCAACUCUGGUAAAAUCACGACUCUAGUGCCACUCGACAGAGAGGAGAAAACCUCUUAUCAGCUGCAGGUCACUGCGACAGACGGAGGUGGAUUGCGCUCGCACACACAGGCUAUAGUCACUGUCACUGUUGUAGACAUGCAAGAUAACCCGCCCGUGUUCAGUCAGAAAGAGUACAGCUUUGUUAUGUUUGAGAAUGUAGCCAUUGACACCAUUAUUGGCACCGUGUUGGCCACCACAGUAGAUCUAAACACAAAUAUCACUUAUUUGAUCGCAUCAGGGGACCAGCGCGGUCUGUUUGCUAUCAAAGGCCGCACAGGGCAGAUCACAGCUUCGGGGCUGAUAGACAGAGAAGAGCAGGCGUUUUACCAGCUCAGGGUGAUUGCUAGGGGUGGGGAGGUUACGGGGGAAGCGUUAGUUAAUAUCACAGUGAAGGAUUUGAAUGAUAAUGCCCCUCAUUUCAUUCACAAUGUCGAGCAUGUCAGCGCUGUGGAGAACUGGGCCACCGGUCACCAUAUAUUCCAGGCUAAAGCUUCGGAUCCUGAUGAGGGGACCAAUGGCAUGGUCGUGUACAACCUCAAACAGAACCCCAAAGGUUUGUUUCACAUCCACGAAAGACAUGGAUUGAUCACCCUCACUGGCCCCCUAGAAGUCACCACCAGCUCCUACCAGGUGGAGGUCGUGGCCUCUGACCUAGGUGUCCCUCAGCGCACCUCCAGCCUCAUUCUCACCAUCAGCGUGUACGACGUAAACGACAACGCGCCAGUUUUUGACCAGCUCUCCUAUGAAGUCACCAUUCUGGAAUCCAAGCCAGUAAAUAGUCGCUUUUUUAAGGUGGAGGCCAGCGAUAAAGACUCCGGACUCAAUGGGGAAAUUGUGUAUGACAUCAUUAGCGGUAACACAAAUUACGCUUUUGGGAUCUUCCCUGACGGGCAGUUGUAUAUUAAGGCAGAUUUGGACAGAGAAGUACAAGAUUGGUACAGUUUAUUAGUGGUGGCCAAAGACAGAGCCGUCGAACCACUGAGCGCCAGUGUUAAUGUGACGAUUCUUCUCGACGAUGUCAACGACAACCGUCCGCUUUUCAACAGCACAAAUUAUGUGUUCCACUUUGAGGAAGAGCAGGAGCGAGGCUCUUUUGUCGGGCUGGUUUAUGCUGAGGAUAAAGACUUUGGGGCGAACAGCGAGGUACGUUACUCCUUUGAAAUGCCGCAGCCAAAUUUCGAGCUGAACGCCAUCACGGGUGUGUUGACCAGCACACUACAGCUCGACCGUGAAUCUCUCAUGAGACAGAGAGGUGCCGCGGUGUUCAGUUUCACAGUCAUGUCCUCUGAUCAGGGCCUUCCCAAGCCUCUCAAAGACCAGGCCAAAGUUCAAGUGUACAUACAGGACAUCAACGACAACCCACCGAAAUUCACCAAAGACAUUUACCAGGCCUCUAUCUCAGAAUCCGCCCAGAACAUGACGCAGCUGCUCCGAGUCUCUGCCUCAGAUGUAGAUGAAAAUAAAAACGGCCUUGUUCGCUACGACAUCGUGGAGGGAAAUGAGGAUAAACAGUUCAGCAUUGACAGCACUUCUGGUCAAGUUACUCUAGUGGGAAAACUAGACUACGAGACAACACCCUUUUACUCCCUCAAAAUUAUAACGGAGGACUCUGGGAUUGUGCCUCUGUCAUCCACAUGUGUGUUGAGCAUCAGUGUCCUAGAUGAUAAUGAUAACUCUCCGUCAUUUCCCAAAUCAACUCUCACAGUGGAUGUGCUGGAGAACAUGCGUAUUGGAGAGCUGGUCGCCUCCGUAACCGCUACAGACUCUGACUCUGGAUCCAACGCUGACAUCACGUACAGCAUCUCCGCCACAAACAACCACGGCACUUUCAGCAUCAGUCCCAACACUGGCAGCAUUUUCCUUGUCAAAAAACUGGAUUAUGAAACGCAGUCCUUGUACAAGCUCAACGUCACAGCCAAAGACAGCGGAAGGCCAUCCAGGUCUUCCUCCAUUCCGGUCAUCAUUCAUGUGAGAGAUUUUAAUGACAACCCUCCUGUUUUUACACCAGGUGACAUUUUUAAAUCCAUCCCUGAAAACCUCCCGCUCUCCACCUCCGUCAUGACUAUAACAGCUCACGACACGGAUGCUGAUAUCAACGGCCAGCUGGAGUACUCCAUCGUCAUGCAGACUCCUAGAGGUGGUCAUUUCCGCAUCGACACCGCAUAUGGGGUGAUAUACACGAACAAGGAGAUCGACAGAGAGUUCUCCAACCUUUUUGAGCUGACCAUCAAAGCAACCGACCAGGCCGUGCCGGUCGAGUUCCGCCGUUUUGCUCUGAAAAACGUUACCAUAUGGGUGACGGACCAAAAUGACAACAUGCCAUUAUUUAUCUCCCAGAACGCCCUAGUGGCUGAAUCUAACAUAGUGAUCGGUUCCAUUCUGACUACAGUAGUGGCUUUUGACCCCGACGAGGGUGCCAACGGAGAGGUGGAGUACGAACUCGUGAGGGGAGAUUCGGAUACAUUUAUCAUGGAUCGCUACAGUGGAGAUAUCAGACUCGCCUUUCAGCUCGUUCCCUCAAAGCUCAUCUACAGUCUGACCGUGUCCGCUACGGAUCACGGCACGGACCGCAAGACCUCAAGGACGGAGCUGACCAUCAUCCUUCAGGGUUCAGAUGGCCCGGUCUUCUCCCAACCCAAAUACAUCACCAUUCUAAAGGAGGGCCAACCGCCUGGAACCAACGUCAUCUCUUUGGAUGCCUCCAGUCCACGUGGCACCGGCACCAAGGUGGAGUUUUUUAUUGUUUCAGUCCGGAGCGGUGGGAAGGCCGCAGGCCGGCUUUUCACCAUUGGCCGCUACUCUGGGGUGAUCCAGACAGCUGCAGAACUGGACAGGGAGCAAGGAUCGGACCUCUACGUGAUAGACGUGUACGCCAUUGAAGCCGACGCCAGCCAGCCCAGAACGCAACAUGCAGAGGUUGAAAUCACUCUACAGGACGUGAAUGAUAACCCGCCCGUCUUUCCCACCGACACGCUAGACAUCACCAUCCAGGAGAACAUCAGCGACAGCUUCAGGAUCCUGCAGCUCACGGCCACAGACGCAGAUGAGGGAGCGAAUGCUCUGGUGACGUACUCCAUCAUCAGCGGCGCAGACGACAGCUUCCGCAUCGAUCCCGAGUCUGGCGAGCUGAUGAACACCCGGCGUCUGGACCGCGAGCGCAGAUCCGAGUAUUCGCUGCUGGUGCGAGCCGACGACGGGCUGCAGUCCUCCGAUGUACGGAUCAACAUCACCGUCAGCGACGUCAACGAUCACACGCCACACUUCUCACGCGCAGUCUACUCCUUCGACAUCCCCGAGGACACCAGCGCAGGUUCGAUCGUGGCGGCAAUUCUGGCCAGUGACUCGGACUCGGGAUCAAACGGUGAGAUCACGUACUCCAUCGAGGAGGAUGAGGAGGACUCCACCUUCCUCCUGAACCCCAUCACCGGCGUCUUCAGCGUCACCCGUCCACUGGACUUCGAGUCUCAGCAGCACUUCAUCCUGACGGCGCAGGCCCGGGACGGAGGAGGUCUGUCCAGCUCUGUACGAGUCUACUUCAACCUGCUGGAUAUGAACGAUAACCCGCCGCGCUUCAGCAGCUCGGGCUACAGCGGCUCGGUCCUGGAGAGCGUGAGUCCCGGAGCGACCGUCCUGAGCGUGAGCGCCACAGACACCGACGACGGGCCGAAUGCGGAGCUGCAUUACACCAUCGCUUCAGGAGACCCGCACUCACAGUUCUCCAUCACAAACACCGGCGUCUUACAGACCAGGAACGCUCUGGACCGAGAGACGCAGUCGUUUUAUAACCUGGUCAUCACCGUGAACGACCUGGCCUUGCCUCCCAUGAGCCGCUUCACCAGCACCACACAGGUGUCUAUCAUCCUCCUGGACGUCAACGACUGCCCGCCUUCAUUCACAUCGCAAACAACGGCGUAUAUUCAAGAGAACACGCCGGUGGAUACGCUAGUGUUCAGAGCGCAGGCGAGCGACGCCGACAGCGGCCCCAACAGCUAUGUGGAGUAUUCCCUCAAAGCGCCGUUUGGGAAUAAAUUCAGCGUCGGGAACAUCGACGGCGGCGUGGUUCUGCUGGGCGAACUGGACCGCGAGGAGAUGGCCAAUUACUCUCUGACCAUCGUGGCCACGGAUAAAGGCGAGCCGCCGCUUUCCUCCAGCAUGGAGGUCACUUUGAUCGUGCUGGACGUGAACGACAACACGCCUAGCUUCUCGCAGAACAUCUACGACAUCGAGAUCGAGGAGAACACGCUCAGCGGCGCCGAUGUCCUGCAGGUGUUCGCCAGCGACGCCGACGAGGGAACCAACGGCCAGAUACACUUCUCCAUCGCCGGCGGGAACGCUAACUCGGACUUCCGGAUCGACUCGGUGACGGGCGUGAUUUCUGUGGCGAAGCUGCUGGAUCGCGAGACGCGCUCGGCGUAUUCUCUGCUGGUGCAGGCGGCGGAUCGCAGCAGCAGCCCUCGAGUGGAUCGCGCCACCGUUAACAUCGUGCUUUUGGAUGUAAACGACUGCACGCCUGUGUUUGAGCUCUCACCGUACAGCGUCAGCGUACUGGAGAACUUAGCAAACCUGCCCAAGAACAUCCUACAGGUGCUGGCCCGUGAUGAUGAUCUGGGCUCUAACGGUCAGAUCAGCUACUCCCUGAGCAGCGGGAACGAGGCGGGAGCGUUCAGCCUCACAUCCGGAGGUCAGCUGAACCUGAUCCGAACGCUGGACCGGGAAACUCAGGACAAAUACACGCUCAUCAUCACGGCGCAGGACGCAGGAACGCCAUCUUUAAGCAGUUCUGGUACUGUGAUGGUGCUGGUUGGUGAUGUGAAUGAUAAUAUUCCAUCAUUCAGCUCAAUGUCUUUCCACACGACCAUUCCUGAAGAUGCGCCCACUGGAACAGAUGUCCUGUUGCUCAACAGCUUAGAUUCAGACAUGGGACUCAAUGGAGUGAUCAGUUACAGUCUCAGUGGUGGGGACGGUCAGUUCUCCAUCAACCCAUCCACAGGCCUGAUCAUCACCAGCUCCUUGCUGGAUCGAGAGGCACGGGCGAGUUACCAGCUGCUGGUGGUGGCAACGGACGGUGGACAGCCCACUCCACUCUCCAGCUCUGCCACAGUGUCUGUGGUUGUGGCCGACAUCAACGAUAACCCUCCACGGUUUCACCAUCAUCCAUAUGUUACGCACAUACCUGCUUCUACUUCCACAGGUUCACUGGUCUUUGCGGUCACAGUAACAGAUGAAGACUCCGGCUCAAAUGCUCAACUUCACUAUUCGCUCACUGGACGCAAUUCAGAAAAGUUCAAGAUAGACCCUAUCAGAGGUGCCAUCACUGCCAAUGAAAAACUCACAGGGAGUUCAGAGGUCACCUUCACGGUCCACGUAAAAGAUGGAGGCACCAACCCCAAAACAGACAGCACAACUGUUACGGUUCGCUUCGUUACUGGAGGAGACUUCCCCCAUAUUAGAAUCAAGGAGAAAGCCUUCACCUUCCCAGAAAACCAACCCACAAACACUGUUGUGACUAAGGUGACCGGAUCUUCACCCAGGGCAGGUCCUUUGUCGUACUACAUUGCAAGCGGAAACCUGGACAAUGCAUUCCACAUAGAUCAACUUUCAGGAGAGCUGUCUAUCAAAAAGCCUCUGGACUAUGAGAAUAUUGAGAAGUACGUCUUGUGGAUAGAGGCCAGAGACCAAGGCUUUCCUCCUUAUUCAGCCUAUGAAAAAGUAGAGAUUGCAGUUCUGGACGUUAACGACAACCAUCCUACUUUUGAACAAGAACCGUUUCACGCUGAGAUUUUAGAAAACCUCUCACCUCAACGUGUGCUGAUUGUAUCUGCGUUCGACCAGGACAGUGGACCAAAUGGGCAACUGGAAUAUGCCAUCAUUGAAGGCAACCAAGAAAACAGCUUCAGCAUCAACCGAGCAACUGGUGAAAUCCGCACAACACGACCACUGGAUCGAGAGAAGGUCGCUCAGUAUUCUUUGAGAGUGAAGGCAACGGAUAGAGGCAGUCCUCCUAAAAGCACAGCAGUCAAAGUCUUGAUCAGUGUGCUGGAUGUUAAUGAUAAUGCUCCCAGAUUCUCCAAAAUCUUUAGUGCCACUGUACCUGAAAAUGCACCAGUGGGCUUCACUGUUACCCGAGUAACCACCAUCGAUGAAGAUGCAGGAGCUAACGCUAUAAGCCGAUACUCCAUCAGUGAUGCAAGUCUUCCCUUCAUUAUCCACCCCAGCACAGGAGACAUCACCAUCAGUAGGCCUCUGAACAGAGAGGACACGGACCACUAUAUUGCCAAAGUCUCAGCACACGAUUCAGGAUGGACUGUUAGCACAGAUGUCACAAUAUUUGUGACAGAUGUGAAUGAUAAUGCUCCAAAAUUUAGCAAGCCGUCAUAUUACCUGGACUAUCCUGAGCUGACAGAGGUCGGAUCCAUUGUGACUCAAGUCUCUGCCACAGAUCCUGACGAGGGUUUCAAUGGUAAAAUAUUUUACUUUAUCAGAUCGCAAACAGAGCACUUCCGAAUCAACUCCAGUUCUGGUGAGAUCUUCAUUAAACAGCAGCUCAGGUAUCAAAACUCCAGUGGCCACAAUAACAUCAAUGUAAACCGUCAUAGUUUCAUCGUCACCGCUUCAGACCGAGGCAUCAAGCCGCUCAUGAGCGAAACCACAGUUAUCAUAAAUGUAGUUGACAGCAAUGAUAACCCACCCACAUUUGAAUCUUCUUUUUACUUUACUCCUGUCACUAAAAGUGUAAAGGUCGGCACCAGACUCCUCAAAGUCACAGCCCAUGAUCACAAGGACUUUGGCCUGAACUCUGAAAUAGAGUAUGCAGUAUCUGGAGGAAACAGUUCCAGCAAGUUCCGCUUGGAUAAACAAACUGGAUCGGUCACAGUAGCAUCCUCGCUCACCGCAGACACAAAUAAAGUUUACCUGAUUGAAAUAACAGCAAGUGACAAAGGGAACCCUCCUCUGUCCGCUAAGACAACAGUCAAAGUAGCUGUUACAGAAGAGAACCAUCAUACUCCAGAGUUUUCACAGAACCAAGUAACAGUUACUGUGUCUGAAGGUCUGACUGUCGGCACAGCCAUCCGCACACUUUCAGCACGAGAUAAGGACAAGGACAAACAAAUGAAUGGCCUAGUUACGUACAACAUCUCCUCAGGUAAUGACGAUGGCUUGUUUUCAAUUAACAGUCAAACGGGCGUUUUAUCUCUGGCAAAGCCACUGGAUUACGAAACAAAACAGAAGCGUGAACUCAGAGUUUCUGCAACAGAUGGUGGGUGGAUUGCCAAAACAAGCUAUGUUACAGUUAAUGUCCUAGUUACUGAUGUAAAUGAUAACCCUCCUGUGUUCGACCCUGUGGAGUACUUCCCAGUCGUGCAGGAAAAUGUCCCCAGUGGCACUACUGUGGUAAAAAUGAAUGCAACUGAUAAAGACUCUGGGCCAAAUGCCCUGAUGGCGUAUGUGAUUCAGUCAUCAGACAGUGACUUGUUCAUAAUUGAUCCCAACACAGGAAUAAUCACCACACAAGGUUUCCUAGACUAUGAAGCUAAACAGGUGUAUCACCUUACCGUCAAAGCCUUUAAUGUUCCAGAUGAAGAACGAUGCAGCUUCGCAUAUGUUAACAUUCAGCUGAGAGGUGCUAAUGAAUACGUCCCUCGUUUUGUGUCAAAGCAGUACUACUUUGAGGUGUCAGAGGCAGCAUCUAAUGGCACAGUCGUUGGAGAGGUGUUUGCUAGUGACAGAGACUUGGGAGAAGAUGGCAUAGUGUAUUACUUGAUUUUUGGCAGAAGCAGAAAAAAAGGUUUUAGCAUUAAUAAAAAGACAGGCCAGAUCUACGUCGCAGGACCGCUUGAUCGUGAAAAAGAAGAAGAGAUUUCUCUCAAAGUCCUAGCUAAGAAUGAAGGAAGCAUAAGAGGGGCAGAUAUUGAUGAGGUGCUUGUGAACAUUACGAUUCUUGAUGCCAAUGAUCCUCCUGUAUUCACCCAGGAGCUCUAUGAUGUUCAGGUGAAUGAGGGACUAUCCCCUGGAGGCCUGGUUACAUUCGUCAGUGCUGAGGAUUCGGAUUCUGUCCCUAGCUGGAGCAGAUUCACCUAUGCCAUCACUGCCAACUAUGAAAAAAGUACCUUCACCAUCAACCCUCAGACAGGACAGGUGUCUGUGGCAUCAGAACUGGACCGGGAAACUGUCCCUGUGUACAACCUCACCGUCCUAGCAGUAGACUCAGGUUCUCCAGCUGCCACCGGCAGUGCCAUUUUAAUUGUGACCCUGGAGGAUAUUAACGAUAAUGGACCAACUUUGGAGACUACAAGUGGGGAAGUGAUGGAGAACCAGAGGGCAGGAACACCCGUGAUCACGCUCAGCUCAAGUGAUCCAGAUCUUGCACCAAAUCAAGGCCCAUUCUCCUAUAGCCUUGUCAGCACUGGAGCAGCAUCCAGCUACUUCACCCUCAGUCCAACUGGAGAGCUGACCACCAGCCGGGAGAUAGACCGAGAGCAGAUAAGUGAUUUCUACCUCUCUGUGAUUAUCAAAGACUCUGGUAUUCCUCAGAUGUCCUCAACAGGAACUGUCCACAUCAAAAUCAAUGAUCAGAAUGAUAAUCCCUCAGAGUCUCGCUCCGUAGAGAUCUACGUGCAUUAUUUUGGAAAUAUGUUCCCUGGAGGAUCACUGGGGGUGGUAAAGCCACAGGAUCCAGAUAUACAAGACACGUUCCACUGUUCUCUGACUCCAUCAACGGCUGUCCUCUUCAACAUUCCCACAGGAACCUGUGACCUCCGCUCAAACAGUCGCUCCACAGAUGGCACCUUUGAUAUAUCUGUGCGUAGCAGCGAUGGCGUCCACGAGGCUGUCAACAGCCAUGUGCGUGUUUUCUUUAUUGGAUUCAAUAAUGCCACAGUGGACAACAGCAUCCUCAUACGCGUCAUCUCCCAAAGCGCCAGUGACUUCCUUACUAAUCACUACCUCAGUUUCCUGCGCAUCGCCAAUUCACAGCUAGCUGGUUUGGGCACUGGAGUCCAGAUCUAUGGGGUGUUUGAACUAAACAACAGCACUUUCCUGAUGGCAGCUGUCAAGCGUGGUCAUGGGCAGUACGUCAAUCCAAGUGGAGUCGCCACUUUCUUCCAGAGCAUCAAGGAGAUUCUGCACAGACAAAGUGGAGUUAAGACUGACUCUGUGGACUAUGAUCCCUGCUCCCACAAUCCGUGUCAAAAUGGGGGGAGCUGCAAGAGGCGGCUGGGUGUUGGCUCAGACAUGAAGACGGAGGAGAGUGUCCCGGUCAUCCUCGUCUCAAAUCGCCCCCUACAGCCAUACGCUUGUAACUGCAGGUCAGGUUAUGCCGGUGCCCUCUGCGAGACUGACAUCGAUGAGUGCCAGCCAACACCUUGCUACAAUGGAGGAACUUGCCACAAUUUAGUGGGCGGAUUCUCUUGUUCCUGUCCAGAAGGUUUCACAGGGAUGGCUUGUGAGAGGGACAUCAACGAGUGCCUUUCGAACCCCUGCCAGAAUGGGGCACUAUGCCAGAAUUACCCCGGUGGCUUUAACUGCCUGUGCAAAUCUGGAUUUGCAGGUACAGCGGCGUCUCUCACUGUUGACCUGUGUGGGGAGGAACAGGAUCCGGGAUACUGUGCCGUCAGCAAUGUGGCUGUUCAUACUGACUGGAUUCUGGAUGUCCAGCCGAACCGUCUGUCUGUUGGGGGCGUUCGGUCGAUUGAAGCCCUCCUGCAUCGUCGAGGUCAGGUGGCCACUCAUGACUUUGUAGGGUGCAUCAUGGAGUUUGCUGUCAAUGGACGUCCGCUGGAACCGUCUCAAGCUCUGGCUUCACACGGCAUUCUGGACAGAUGCCCCAGGUUAGAGGGUGCGUGUGUCGCCGAGCCCUGCAGACACGGUGGGACGUGUCUGGACAUGUGGUCAUGGCAGCAGUGCCAGUGUACUGAGGGUUUCACUGGACCCACCUGUGAGAAAUACAUCACCGCAGAUACAGCUCUAUCUCUGGACGGUUCGGGUCGUUUGGACUACGGUUUGAGUCAGAGCCGCAAGAGAGAUGUGUUGUUGGCACGAGCGCUGCAGGACCCCGGCAGACCCAUCCCGGAAUACAGCAGCCUGGAGCUGAAGUUCCGCACGCGCAGCGGCUCUGGAACGCUGCUGCACGCACAGGAGAGCUCCAACUACACAACCAUCAGGUUGAAGAACGGUCUGCUGCAGUACGUGUCUGACGCUGGUGUCGCCGGUAAGGUGGAGAGGAUUGUGGGAGAUGUUGUUUUGUCUGACGGUCAGUGGCACAUACUCCUGCUUCAGAGAAACGGAUCAUCCACCAUUCUGCGGAUCGACGAGUCCAGCUCGAGAGUCAUUCUGCACAAUACGCAGGACUUCGGAGGGAUUGACGUGCACACGCUGUCUCUCGGGGGUGUCCCGACCCGAUCAGCUCAACAGAAAACCAGCCCAGGUUUUGAUGGGUGUUACGCCUAUGUGAAAUAUAACGGAGGGAUGCUCCCUUUCAGCGGUGAACACAGGACCGUCUCCAUUUCCAAGACUGAUCCCUCUGUGAAGAUCGGCUGUCGUGGCCCAAAUCUAUGUGAGAGCAGCCCCUGCUGGGACGGGCUGAUGUGUGUGAACCAGUGGUACACCUACCAAUGUCUCCCACCAGGUGACUGCGCCUCGAACCCCUGCCAGCACGGCGGCAGCUGCGUGCCCGGCGCUCGUGGAGGCUUCACCUGUGCAUGUGAGGAGUUCUACACGGGCAGAGUCUGCGAGAGCCUGGUGGCCUGUUUGGGAGUCCGGUGUCCACAGGGUACGGAGUGUAAGCUGGGAGCCAACGGUGGGUUCACCUGUAGUCCGAGCGCCACCACCGAGGAGAUGGUUCUGCCCAUCUGGGCAGUUCCUGCAAUUGUGGGCAGCUGCGCGACUGUCUUGGCGUUGGUGGUUUUGAGUCUCAUACUAUGCAACCACUGCAAGGGUCGCAAGAAAACCAAAGUGCCAAAGGAUGAGAAGAAAACAAAGGAGAAGAAGGAGAAAAAGAAAGGCAGCGAGAAUGUGGCAUUCCAUGAUCCGGACAACAUUCCGCCUUACGAAGAUGACAUGACAGUCCGGAAACAGCCAGAGGGAAACCCCAAACCUGACAUUAUAGAGCGGGAGAAUCCCUACCUGAUCUAUGACGAAACUGACAUUGCACACAACAAUGAAACCAUUCCCAGCGCCCCCUGUGCUCCAUGUGCAGGACCAGAAGCAGACAUGGAACACUACGACAUUGACAAUGCCAGCAGCAUUGCUCCAUCAGAUGCCGACAUCAUCCAGCACUACAAACACUUCCGUAGCCACACUCCCAAGUUUUCCAUUCAGCGCCACAGUCCGUUGGGAUUUGCCCGCCAGUCCCCUCUUCCACUAGGUGCCACCAGCUACACCUACCAGCCGACCUACACCCAGGGGCUCCGCUCCACACCCCUCAGCCAUUCAGCUUGCCCCACACCCAAUCCCCUGUCACGCCACAGCCCAGCACCCUUCACCAAGCCAUCCUCCUUCUACCGCAACACUCCCACCCGUGAACUCAACUUGGCACGCCGUGAGGGCAGCCCUCUCGAUUUCCACGGCGAUGUGUGCCAGCCUGGUAUGUUCAACUACGCCACCCGAUUGGGUAGGCGCAGCAAGAGCCCUCAGACCAUGGCGGGCCAUGGCUCUCGGCCUGGGAGUCGUCUCAAGCAGCCAAUCGAGCAGAUUCCAUUGGAGAGCGGCCCACCUGUGGGGUUGUCCAUAGAGGAGGUGGAACGCCUCAACACAUCUCGACCCAGGAAUCCCAGCAUCUGCAGCGCCGAUCACGGGCGCUCGUCAUCUGAGGAAGACUGCCGUCGACCACUCUCACGUGUCCGGAACCCUGCGGAUGGCAUCCCUGCUCCGGAAUCCUCCUCCGAGAGCGACUCCCAUGACUCCUUCACCUGCUCGGAGAUGGAGUACGACCGCGAGAAACCAGUUUCUUACAGUUCUCGCAUGCCCAAGCUCUCGCAGGUCAACGAGUCGGACGCCGAUGACGAGGACCACGGAGGGAGGCUGCGACAGAGGCGAUACUCCAGUCGACGUGCGGAGGGUGGGCCUGCCAGUGGCCACAACACCCUAUCGGAGUAUCAUCACCACACUUUACCCCACAAGCUGGGCCAAGGGUCCAACAACUUCAACUGGGACAACCUACUGAACUGGGGUCCGGGGUUCACCCACUACGUAGACGUUUUUAAAGACUUAGCACUGCUACCCGAGAACUCUGCUGCUAAAGACAUCGAAAUGAAGAGCGGUGACGGCUCCAUCACAAUUCUGAAUGAGGGCGAAGCCGAGCAGUACGUAUGAGGAGCACUGAGUCCUCAUCUCUUCGCCCUCUAAGACUGGAGUCAGGAGCCAUUGCGAAACAAAUGAAAUACGGAUUAAUUUCUGAUAUUUGAUUAAGACGAACUUAAAUGCAGCAAGGCAGAGCACUGAUUCAAAAGACAAGCACCAAACACCCUUCGCAGAGUGCAAUAAAGAAACAAACUAGGGCAGGGAUCCUCAAAUCUGGCCCACGGGAUCCACUUUC